AUGCCUUCCCCGUGUGGUGCCACGGCGGUGUACGUGUUUCUGAUGUGCUUGCACGCGUUCGCGUCGCCUGCCGUGAGGGCGCAAAAUGCGACCAGUGAUGUGGUGACGGCACCGAUACCAACACUCCCCGUGACGUCACCCUUGCCACUCAACGAGACGGAACUGGUGGAGCUGAACCAACCCCCCAGCACGGUGGCAAUCGUUCCGUCAACAGAUGCUCCAACGACGGAGAGUCCUUCGAGCCCGCGGCCAGCUGACGCGGCGAGUUCCCAACCGUCCGACAACAGGACAAUGUCACCGGAAGAGAUCCAGAAAUUACUGCUGCCGCCAGCCACGGUUGAGGCGGACAUUCUGCACGUUAACAUCAGUGGUGAUGGCAGACCUCACGCUAAAUCGAGCGACAAAGAAUCAGACUGUCCAACGCUGGAAGGAGCGGAUCAUCUCUCACAAACCCAACUUCUUACGAGAUUAACACAUGUUUGCCGAUACGACCGGCUGGAACGGCCAAAACGAGAAUCCGUCAAUGGCACCAACCGAGCUGUGAAGGUGUACGCCCGCGCCUACAUCUACUUUAUGCAGAAUCUAGAAGCCCACGAUUUGCAAUUUAAAAUUCAUGCCCUGCUUCAGUUUCGCUACGUCGAUCCACGAUUGGUAUUCAAGGAAGUUGCACCGAACCGAACAAAGCCCAUAAUGGGCGAGCAGUCACUGCGCGAUCUGUUGUGGGUGCCGCACGUUUUCCUGGCUAAUGAGCGUAGUUCUGACAUUUUGGGCACGGCUGAGAAGGACAUCCUUACUUCGAUAUCCCCUGACGGUACGGUUAUCGUGUCAACGCGCAUCAGCGCUACCCUGUACUGCUGGAUGAACUUACAGAAGUUCCCGUUUGAUGAACAGCACUGCUCGACUAUGCUUGAAAGCUGGAUGUACAACUUAGAGGACUUGGAAUUGCGUUGGGAGCACAGAUCCCCCGUGACCUUGGCGCCGGAGCUCCACCUGACCGAAUAUGUCCUGCUGGAGAUGUUCACCAACGAGUCGAUCAUCAACGCGGACCUGAGCGAUCUACGACACGGUGCAUUCGCCGGUAACUACAGUUCGUUGAGCUUCACCGUUCAUCUGGCGCGCGAAAUGGGUUUCUACAUGAUGGACUACUUCAUCCCGUCCAUCAUGUUGGUCGCCAUCUCGUGGGUGACAUUUUGGUUGCAGGCAGACCAGUCUGCACCCCGCAUCACGCUCGGCACCAGCACCAUGCUUACGUUUAUUACACUUGCUUCUGCCCAAGGCAAGACGUUGCCAAAAGUAAGCUACAUCAAGGCAUCGGAGAUUUGGUUCCUUGGCUGCACGGGGUUCAUCUUCGGCAGCCUGGUAGAGUUCGCGUUUGUAAAUACGAUCUGGCGCCGGAAGCGCAAUGUCGAGGUUAAAAAGGUCAACAGCAAGCACGUGUUGAAGCAGGCCAUUACUCCCCGACCAGCCCGUAAAGAUAUGAGCGGUCUCCACAAGUCGCAUUCGUGCACUUCGCUUGCCGACUCGACUACGACUGUAUCGGCUAAUUCGUUCAACAACUACCUUACCGUACAUUCUUUCCCCCAGAAAAGCCCCAGUAGCGCCACACUGCCUAUUAUCACGACGACGGACGCCGAUCGGCCUCCGGCGGAUAGCCAGCACAAUGGAAACAUCGCAAUCCAGAUCGAUACCCCGGCGGAUGGUAACAACGCCAAUGGGAAUGGCUGGACGACGAUGACACCGCAGGAGGUGGCCAUCUGGAUCGACAAGCGGUCCCGUUUUGUUUUCCCGAUCGCUUUCGUGAUCUUCAACAUUUUCUACUGGACCUUCGUAUACUACGUGUGAGGGCGAAGGAGCCUAGUUUCGCGAUGCUCUGAAGUGAUCCAAACGUGCAAUCAUUUGCUAAAAAUGAGCCAUAGCAAUCCAGAUAGUAUUAUUCAAAUAGUGGCAUCGACCUGUGGCUUGCCAAAAUUUAAUUUUUUUCUUUCGCAAUGCCACCUCCGAGUUACUUUACUUACCGAAGAUUAAACACAUAGCAAUUAUUAUUUAUUUGAACGACGUGCCUAAGAUAUA